AUGAAUCAGAUGAAUGCCGGAAUGAACCCGGGGGUUGGAGGUCCUGUUGGGGGAGUACCAAUGAUCAAUAAUGGUUCUUCAGCUUCUCGUAACGAUUCCAUGAACAAUCCCGAGCAACUGAUCAGCAACCUGAACACCUACAUCUACGAUUACUUUUUGAAGCGUGGGUACCAUGACUGCGCUCGAGCGCUCCUACAGGAUGAGUCCAUCAAACUUAACACCGAGAACAACCCCAAGACGAGUCCCGGAAGUCGACGUGAUGAUAUCAAUGGCAUGGACCCUGAUGCCAUGAUGACCGAUGGGAAAGAGGGCGAGAAGAUCAAGAUUCCAGAUGAUCUCCCACGCCCCAGUAUUCCCAAUGGCGAGAGCCCUUCUUCCUUCCUUUUGGAUUGGUUCAACCUUUUCUGGGAUUUCUUCUGGGCCCAGCGGAACAAAAAGAAUGGCGGUGACAUCAGGCAGUACCUUCAGCACAACCAGCAAUUCAUGCGUCUGCGAGAGCAGCAGCACAACCAGUUCAUGCGCCAGCAACCAAUGAUGCCCGGUCAGAUGGGCGUCCGGAGACAGAAUGGCAUGGUGCCUCCUAACUUGCAAAAGACAGUGCUGCAGAACAACACACCUGGCCUGACGCCGUCACAACAACAACUGGCACAGAUCCAAAAGAACCAACAGAUGCAAAUGCUACAGCAACUCCAGCGAGAGCAACCUGACAUGGACAUGGGCGGACACCGGCCACAGUCACCGGGAUCUGCGGACAACGCCCCUUCGCCAUCGAAACGCCCACGCCUCGAAGGCGCUGUCAAUGGACAACAACUUGCGCCAAACGGACGAGGACCAGGACAAGGAAUACCCGGACAACCCAAUCAGCAGAUGAUGAUGCAGAAUGGCAUGCAACGAGGCUUGACGCCGGCGCAGUUCCAACAAUAUUCCCAGCAGACGGGACAAGCGCAACAGAAAUCUAUGCAGGUAUAUGCUCAAAACUUGGCCCUUCAUCACUCUCGCUCAGCAUCGAAUUCCCAGGGUAUCCCGAAUGGUGGCAUGAUGAAUCCCGGUCUGAUGGCCAACCAGGGGGAUCUGGUCCCCAUGCCUGAUAGUCAAGGAAUGUACCCCAUGGCUGGUGCUGGUCCUGACUAUUACGGCGCCAAUGGGCCAAUGGGCCAGGUCCGACCUGGUGGUAUGCAGACCCCUGGUGCAGGUGGCGGUGGCGGCGGUCAGCACGGCAAUCAUGCUUUGCAAGAUUAUCAAAUGCAGCUUAUGCUGCUUGAACAGCAGAACAAGCGACGAUUGAUGAUGGCUCGUCAAGAGCAGGACACCAUGGCCCGUGAUGGCCAGCCGCCCCCAAUGCCCGGCCAAGGCGGUUUGCCGCCAGGCACUUCCCCUGGAAGCAGAACGGGCGCUUCUCCCAACCCCAGCGAACAAAUGAAACGCGGCACGCCCAAGAUGAACCAGACUGGACUUCCCGGAUCGCCCAGCGCCGGUGAUAUGUCUCAGCGUGGUUCUCCCGGAUCGAUGAACCUAGGCAACGGUGGCCCGAUGCCUCCCGAGAUGGCUGCUCAGUUCUUCCAAGGUAACAAUAUGCGACCCCCCAGCUCGAACCCAGCCUUCACUGGAGCCCAGAUGGGUCAACCAAUUCCGGCCAAUGCUGGCCAGCGCAUGCCUAGUGGCCAAUGGCAGCCAGGACAGCCGAUGGCUCCGCAGCAUUCCCCUGCGAACCAGCCCCAAGCUGGCACUCCGCAGGAGCGAGGCGCGAUGCCACCGCCCUCGGCGCCAACUGUCACUGGGCCCAACGCUGGUCGUGGUCAACCAGCAUCUCCCCAGACUAGUGGAAAUGCACCUCCAACCCCCAACCAGACAAACAAGCCUGCCCCCAAGGGCAAGAAGAAGGAGGAGACUCGCAAGCGACCUAACAAGAAGCAAGCCGCUGCAGCCGCUGCAGCCGGCACCACUCCUUCCACUGAAGCUGCCGAACUCCCCACUCCGUCGACCCCUGUCACACCCCAUCCUCCACCCAACGCCUUCAAGAACGGCGCCAAUGGAGCCAAUGGACCGGCACCUGGCCAACCUACCUCGGCACCGGCUCCUCAGACCAUGGUCCCGCCGCCUCCUGACCAGAACAACCAACCUUUCACCGACCUCAGCAUCCCUGAUGCUUCCGCAUUCAACCUCGACUUCAGCGCACUGGAAAACCCAGAUAUUUUGGAGAACUUCGACUUUGACACAUUCCUCAAUACCGACGCCGAUGCUACGGGCUUCGGGUUCGACCCCAGCAUAUCCUACUCGGCUGACGGUGUUGAGACAGGAGCCGGCGACGGCAUCUGA